AUGCACAGAAAAGGCAGGUGCCUCUCCGAUGAAUCGCUACCUUGUCCGCUGGGAAGGAGUCCACCCUUGUCGCCCUCUGGAGGUGUAGCCGCCACAGGUGAAGACUUUGUGCUGCACGAUGCGCUACACGUGGGCCCUCUGGACAUUGCAUCAUCCAUUGGUGGUGCAGACCCAGCUGUGGUGUACGUGAGGCUGUCCAACUUCGCGGCACGGCGACGAGGUUGCCUGCGGCUGCAUCAAGAGGCGGAAAAGGAGGACUUGGACCUGGAACCGUUUUCGCCAGUUCUUCAUCCUUGCAACGGCAAUGGAAGCGGCUUUGAAGCCCGGCGGAAGCGGCGGCGCAGCCGAUCUGGGAGCGACUUCUCACAAACCUCCUCCACCUAUGGAAGCUCGCCAAAUCUGCAGGUCUCGACUGGGCCUGUCCGAGAGGUCUCGGCUGAGUCGACAGGCCUAGAAGAGCUCAGACCCAAGGACCUGGAGGAUUCUGAGAGGUUUCCGCCAAAUUUGGCGCUGGAAAGAUGCAGCACUUGGAGCGCCUCUGGAAGACCUGCCGCUGGAGAGCCAGAGGAGGAGGAAGAAAUCGCCAGCAUCCAGCGGCACCUCGAAACCAUGAAUGCUGCUGCGGCGGAUCUCAAUGCUGCGCAGGAGUCCCUCAAUGCUUGCCUGAAACGUCAGCGCUCACUGAUCCAGCUAUGGGCGGUUGUCAAUGCCCCUUGGCAGCCUGCGCCAGGCGCAGAGUCCGUCCGAGAUGACAAGGUCUCGAGGGCGAAGCGGAUUCAGUGCAACCUUUUGGCGAAACGGACCAUGGCCAGGACUGAGGAGGUUAGAGACCUUUGUCACGAAAUCCUGCGACUCUAUGGCAACCCCGAGGCGGGAUCGAAUGAAGAGCUGUCCCGCUUCGGUGGAGUUGCACUCAGGAAGGUGGCAAGAGCCGGGUUUCAGCUGCCUCAAAGCCGCUUCAUUGCAGCGGUGGAUCCAGUGAUUGCUCGCGCGCGCGAGAUGCAGCAGCUGCCAUACGAUGAGGCCAAGGAGGGAGUCAUCAGGGCUCCUGACUACGUCGGCUGGGAUCAAGAGAUUGACACCGACUUCAAGAAGCUCACUGUUGGCCCCAUCAAGGGUGGCAGGCCUUACCAGAAGAUUUGCGACUCCGCCCUUGACUUGAUUGGCUUCACCCCGCGCCACGGCAGCACUAGGUCCUCAGCAGGUCACGGUCGUCACAGCUUUUUCGUCGUCGAUCCCAUGGCUGGUGAGCUUUCGCAGGUGGAGCUUUUCAACGCCGGAGGCUCUGUGAAGGACCGUAUUGCCAAGAGAAUGGUUGAGGAGGCUGAGAAGACACUUGGUAGCGCCAUGGGUCGACAGAAUUGCACCGGAGAGUUUCCACAGACCAUGGCAGACCGUGGGAGUGACAUCCUCAUUGAGGCCACCAGCGGCAACACUGGCGUCGGCCUGUGCAUGGUCUCUGCCAUCAAAGGCUACAAGCAGAUCAUCUGCCUGCCAAAGAAGAUGUCCGGUGAGAAGGUGAACACCAUGAAGUGCCUUGGUGCUGAGAUCCUCCGAACCCCCACCGAGGCCGCCUGGGACGCCGAAGACAGCCACAUCUUCCUGUCUGCCCGCCUGGCGAAAGACCUCGGUGGUCACGUCCUGGAUCAGUACAAGAACCCGGGCAACCCCUUGGCUCACUACGAUGGCACUGCCGAGGAGAUCGCCGAGCAAUGCGAAGGCAAGUUGGACUACAUGAUCAUGUCCACCGGAACAGGUGGCACUAUGACCGGAGUUGCCAAGAAGCUCAAGGAACUGAUCCCUGGCGUGAAAGUCGUGGGAGUUGAUCCCUAUGGCAGCAUUCUGGUCGCGCAGCCUGAGCAGAUGAACGAGAAAUCCAACCGCACUGGACAGGAGAAGAUCCUCGCAGCAAAAACCGCGUUGCGGUCAUGUUGGUCCCAGUUGGUUGGUUUCUUUCUGAAUGUAGGUUACGAUUUCAUCCCAACCGUGCUUGAUCGUGAGAUCGUCGACUACUGGGUGCCAGUGAAGACCGAUGAUGAUGAAGCAUUUGCGAUGUGCCGAGCCUUGGUUCGUCAUGAGGGCUUGCUGAUCGGUGGCAGCUGUGGCUCCACAGUGGCUGGUGCUUACCGAUUCAUCAAGGAGAACAAAAUUCCUAAGGGCAAGCGAUGUGCCGUCCUGUUGGCCGAUUCCGCCAGAAAUUACAUGAGCAAGUUCAUGGAUGACGGAUGGAUGCAGGAGAACGGCUUCGACAUGGCCAAGAUGACCGCUGCCGUGAACGAGAAGGUCGGGCUUUUCAGUCGUCGCUUUCUGAAGCUGACCCUGGUCAACCAAUUUUUCGCCAUGGAGUCGACGCUUCGUUUGAAUAUUUCCUGUCUAGCUCCCAGCGGCAAAGAGGUUCGCAAGUUGCGGAUCGCAUUGCCUUCCACUCACACCGUGCAGCAACUCCUCCGAAAGGUAGAGGCACACCCAGAGGCCGAAGGUCGUUCGUUCAAAGACCUCCGACUGAAAGGGUCUGGAGCAUAUCUUCACAUGGAGGAUCAAUUGAAGGAUGUUCUCAGAGUGGAAGAACGUGAUUUGGAGGCAGUUCCACUUCAAUCCAGAAGUCCUGACGAGCACUGGCUUGUUGACACAGUCCGGCAUGCCUAUGUUCCAAAUGAGAAGUUUCGCGAAGACAAGCACUGCAACUUCUUAUCUUGCAGAGUGGGUGCCCGAAUGGAGAUCCAUGGAAGGGCAAAUGGCUGGUUUUAUUGUGUUGACGAUCUCGGUGAAAAAGGUUUCGUCCCUGACUGGGUCUUUGAGGACUCUGAUCCUCUCAGUGAGACUGAUGAAUCUACGACCAGUCCUGCGAGUCCUACGGGUCAAGCUUCUACUCAGGUGAAGGCCGAGAAAGACAUGUAUGGUGAAGGAGGACGUCUACAGGGACUUGGUGUAGUAGACAGAAUCCAUGUCAGGACAAGUGGCUAUGUGGACAGCAUCAUCUUGUAUAUGAAAGAUGGUCAAGUGUACCGCUACGGGAAGGGAGGAUACCGAGAUGCUGAGGUCCUUCUAGGUCGCGAUGAGACAAUACUGAGCAUCACGCAGAAAGAGAAGCAAUCACUUGGGGAGAUUGUGUUUACCACUUCAAAGCGUGAGCUCGUCUCUGGGGGCUGGUGUGGGACUGGAAAGCAAUACAAGCAGAAUUUCUUUGAAUGUCGUCCUGGUCACCAGAUCCAUCAUUUCGAUAUUGAAGACUCCGUGCUUUGCGGAAUCCACUGGGUCGAAAUUCCCAGCAACAAGCGGAAGAAUGGCUUGGAGGACAAGGAUGGCAAUGAACUCCAGCUGCAGCCGAAGAUGCGAGCGAAGAAGAGCUCUCGUGUCUACGAGCAAGCCAACUCUUUAAAUCCUGACAGGCGCUGCCACUUCUUGGAUACAUUCCAAGACUUUCUGGAGGAGAAGUACCGAGACCUGCUGCUGGCAGAAGCAACCAUUCCUGGUCCUGACAAAUCCUUCACUUGUGGAAUGACAGACUCCAGCUGCAACGCCCGCAUCCGUCACCUGGCGACCAUGGCCGAUCUGGCUUUGAGAUUUUUGAAGCCCCACGUCCCAUGGUGUCAUGGCUUAUUUUCUUUAGUUAUCAUGAUUCAGGUGAAUUACGGAUAA